CCAUACCCCAGCCAACUGCAAGUCCCUCGCUCACGAUGUCUCCUGUCUUGAUCAAUGGCGAAGCCCACAACACUAACGGACACACCAACGGUGUGAAGAAACCAGACGGCUUCGGCACCCGUGCUAUUCACGUAGGCUCCGAGCCAAAUCCCGAGACCGGUGCUGUCAUCCCAGCAAUCUCGCUCAGCACGACGUAUAAGCAGGACGGCAUUGGGAACCACAAAGGCUUUGAGUAUUCUCGCUCAGGCAACCCGAAUCGAAAUGCCCUCGAAGAGACCCUUGCAUCGAUAGAGACGGGCGGAGCUUACGGCAUCGCAUUCGCCUCCGGAUCUUCUACUACUGCCACCGUCCUCCAGUCGCUGGGACCGAAUGCGCACAUUAUCAGCGUUAAUGACGUUUACGGCGGCACUUUCCGCUACAUGACUAGGGUCGCAAAGAUUAAUCAGGGUCUAGAGACAACAUUCCUGGAUCUGGAGAACGUAGAUGAUGAUACCAUAGUUGCUGCUAUCCGGCCUAAUACCAAGCUCAUUUGGAUUGAGUCCCCCACGAAUCCUACGCUUCGCCUAAUCGAUAUACCCCGCAUUGCCUCCAUCGCACAUUCGCAUUCGUCUAAUCCGCUGGUUCUUGUCGACAAUACCUUCCUGUCACCCUUCUACUCUUCCCCGCUACUUCAAGGUGCCGAUAUCGUUAUGCAUAGUCUUACGAAAUACGUCAACGGCCACUCCGAUGUCGUCAUGGGCGCGCUCAUCCUCCCCGCAAGGCACGCUGCUCUCGUGGAGACUCUGCGCUUCCUCCAGAACGCGAUCGGCGCUGUCCCAAGUGCAUACGAUUGCUGGCUUGCUCAGCGUGGCGCGAAAACAUUACACCUACGCAUGAAGGCCCACGGCACGAACGCGCUUGCGGUCGCGCAUGCACUCGAGAAGUCUCCGUACGUCGAAGGCGUUGUCUAUCCUGGCCUUGCGUCGCACCCACGCCACGAGCUCGCCUACCGCUCACUCUCGCCCCACGCGCACAAGUUCGUCGGCAGUUACGUCGCCGUCCACGGCGAGGAGGGGGGCUUCCCAUAUGGCGGCAUGAUCUCUUUCCGCAUCCGCGGUGGACUGGAACAAGCAGACAAGUUCCUCAGUUCGACGCGCCUCUUCACUCUCGCCGAAUCGCUCGGCGGCGUCGAAUCUCUCGCGGAGCACCCUGCCAAGAUGACACACGGCAGCAUCCCUGAGGCUGAGCGUGCCCUGUUGGGUAUCGGCGAUAACCUUAUUCGCCUCUCGGUUGGUGUUGAGGAUGUCGAGGACCUGGUUGCGGAUGUGGAGCAGGCGCUAGAGGCGGCUGCCGCAACGCUUGAAGCGUAAUGUCUAAUUUAUCAGUGACUCUUGCAUCGCUUUCGCAACAUGACAGUGUAGAUGUACUUUUGCACUUCCACCUGUAUAUCACUUAGAUUCCUUGUUCUUACCAUUCGCGAGAUGUUUGCAAACAAGACGAAAGUCGAAGUUAGCCAAGCUCAAUGCGAGACAUAAC